AUGUUUGAAAAUGUAAAUGACAGGAGGGUGUGGUCGAGUGACUUAUCAAAUUCCUUCUCGGUGUCUGACUUUGGUCUGCAGGUUACCAAGAUUAUGGAGGACGAGAGCUCACCACAAGCUCAAGGGAGGCUCGCUUGGAAAAAUAUUGUUCCUCCAAGAGCACAACUUCAAGUUUGGUUUCUUCUUCAAGGAAAAAUCAACACUAAAGAGAGGCUUUUCAGAUUGGGAGCAACUAGAAUUGAGGAUGAUCGAUGCAUUUUGUGCAAAGAAGAGACUGAAACUGUUGAACACCUGUUUUUUUGCUGCAAAUCAUCGAGCAAUCUCUGGUAUCACUGUUACAAAUGUUGGGAUUUAUCUUUUUGUCUUCCCAAAGAUCCAAAGACAUGCUUGCUUUCUUGGGUGGGUACUCCGUUCAAAAGAUUUAAUAAGCGUUUGUGGACCGCCAUGUUUUAUGUUGUCGCGUGGACAAUUUGGGACAUUAGAAACAAAAUGGCAUUCCAAGAUUUUAAACCUAACUGGGAGUUCGAGAAGAAGCGACUCUUUUGGCGCCUUGGAACUUGGACGAAAGGAUGGUGCCCGAAUUUUCCCUUUGCACCGGGGUUGUUAGAGGAUGACUUGAAGGUUGUCAGAGGCUGGACAGGAACAAGAGCUCCACGAAGAGGUAGGUUGUGCUAA